AUGGCAUCAGCAGCUGCCAAGCGCCUCCAAGGCAAGACCAUUCUCAUUACUGGUGCCUCAUCGGGCAUCGGGCGUUCUACGGCCUUUGAGUUUGCGCGCACUAGUCCCAAUGACCUGAAGCUCAUCUUGGCCGCGCGUCGAGUUGACAGCCUCAAGAGUAUUGCGGCCGACAUUGCCAAGGAAGUGGGAGAUGGUGUCAAGGUCCUAUCAGUUCAGCUUGAUGUCAGCAAUCCAGAUGAGGUGCGAGGAUUCGUGGACAAGUUGCCGGUCGAGUUUAAGGAAGUGGAUGUUCUAGUCAACAAUGCGGGUCUUGUCAGGGGCAUCGCUAAGGCACCCGAGAUUGCAGAAGAGGACAUGAACGUCAUGUUUGCAACCAACGUGACUGGCCUGAUCAACAUGACACAAGCUAUUCUUCCCAGCAUGCUAAAGCGCAACAACGGUGAGGGAGCUGGCGACAUCAUCAACAUUGGCUCUAUCGCUGGGCGUGAGCCGUACGUUGGAGGAGGCAUCUACUGUGCAACAAAAGCAGCCGUCCGAUCCUUCACUGAUAGCUUGCGGAAAGAACUCAUUUCCAAGAGAGUCCGUGUCAUCGGGAUUGAUCCCGGCCAAGUUGAGACAGAGUUCUCUGUUGUGAGGUUCUAUGGCGACAAGUCCAAGGCCGACGCCGUCUACGCGGGUUGUGAGCCAUUGACGCCUGAUGAUAUUGCCGAGGCGGUUGUCUUUGCCGCUGGAAGGAGAGAAAACGUGGUCAUUGCUGAUACCCUGAUCUUCCCCAACCAUCAAGCUGCUGCUACAAUUAUGCAUAAGAAGUCUUGA